GGGGAGGCAUUUUAUUAAUAGACAGACUGUGAAUCUUGGCUGCUGCGGAGCGGGGAAGGAGAGAUGAGGGCCCAGGCACGAUGGGGGGAACCAGACACAGUCCAGCCUGGCGGGGACGGAGCUGGGGGUCUGCCUUCCUAGGCUGACCACUUAUUGCCCACCCAUCCCCAACAUAAUUAGCAGGCAGGAUGCCUGGGUUUCUCACGGGGGUGGGGGCAGGGCCUCUGUCCGGGGACGUCACCCGUUAAACUUCCUCUCUCAGCCACACAGGAAGCUGAGCCGGCUUGGGGCCCAGCAUACACAGGCCCCCAGGACCCCUGGGGAGAGGGCCCCGCUGGGCUGGCCCUGCAGGGACCAUGGAAUCCAGAGCUGAAGGGGGCUCCCCUGCCGUGUUUGAUUGGUUCUUCGAAGCGGCCUGCCCUGCUUCCCUGCAGGAGGAUCCCCCCAUCCUGCGGCAGUUCCCUCCAGACUUCAGGGACCAGGAAGCUAUGCAGAUGGUGCCUAAAUUCUGCUUCCCUUUUGAUGUGGAAAGGGAGCCCCCCAGCCCCGCCGUGCAGCAUUUCACCUUCGCCCUCACAGACCUUGCCGGCAACCGCAGAUUUGGUUUCUGCCGCCUGCGGGCGGGUACCCAGAGCUGUCUCUGCAUCCUCAGCCACCUGCCUUGGUUCGAGGUGUUUUACAAGCUAUUGAACACAGUGGGAGACCUCCUAGCCCAGGGCCAAGUCACCGAGGCAGAGGAACUUCUUCAAAAUCUGUUUCAGCAGUCCCUGUCUGGGCCCCAGGCCUCAGUGGGGCUUGAGCUGGGCAGCGGAGUGACGGUCUCCAGCGGGCAGGGUAUCCCACCCCCUACCCGGGGGAAUAGCAAGCCGCUUUCCUGCUUCGUGGCCCCGGACUCCGGCCGCCUGCCAUCCAUCCCUGAGAACAGGAACCUAACGGAGCUGGUGGUGGCCGUGACUGACGAGAACAUCGUGGGGCUGUUCGCGGCGCUCCUGGCCGAGAGAAGAGUCCUGCUCACCGCCAGCAAACUCAGCACCCUGACCUCGUGCGUCCACGCGUCCUGCGCGCUCCUGUACCCCAUGCGCUGGGAGCACGUGCUGAUCCCCACGCUGCCCCCACACCUGCUGGACUACUGCUGCGCGCCCAUGCCCUACCUCAUUGGAGUGCACGCCAGUCUCGCCGAGAGAGUACGAGAAAAAGCCCUGGAGGACGUCGUGGUGCUGAACGUGGACGCCAAUACCUUGGAGACGACCUUUAACGACGUGCAGGCGCUGCCUCCAGACGUGGUGUCCCUGCUGAGGCUCCGGCUCAGGAAGGUCGCCCUGGCUCCCGGGGAAGGGGUGUCCCGUCUCUUCCUCAAAGCCCAGGCCCUGCUCUUCGGGGGGUACCGCGACGCACUCGUCUGCAGCCCGGGCCAGCCAGUGACCUUCAGUGAGGAAGCCUUCUUGGCCCAGAAGCCUGGGGCACCUCUUCAGGCCUUCCACCGGCGGGCUGUGCACCUGCAGCUGUUCAAACAGUUCAUCGAAGCCCGGCUGGAGAAGCUCAACAAGGGGGAGGGCUUCUCAGAUCAAUUCGAGCAGGAGAUCACUGGCUGCGGGGCCUCCUCAGGGGCCCUUCGAUCCUAUCAGCUCUGGGCCGACAAUCUAAAGAAAGGUGGUGGUGCCCUCCUGCACUCAGUCAAGGCCAAGACCCAACCAGCCGUCAAGAACAUGUACCGCUCGGCCAAGAGUGGCUUGAAGGGGGUGCAGAGCCUUCUAAUGUAUAAGGAUGGGGACUCUGUCCUGCAGAGGGGGGGCUCUCUGAGGGCCCCAGCCCUCACCAGCCGCUCAGACCGCCUGCAGCAACGCCUCCCAAUCACUCAGCACUUUGGAAAGCAAGCCUCAGCCCCCCGAUUCUGCAGUCUCCUGAGGUCCUAUCACCCCCACCCUUUGCAGAACCGGCCCCUUCGCCCCAGCAGGAGACGCCAGCUGGAAGAGGGAACUUCCGAGCCCCCAGGGGCGGGGACACCCCCGCUGAGCCCUGAGGAUGAGGGGUGCCCGUGGGCAGAAGAAGCUCUGGACAGCAGCUUCUUGGGGUCUGGAGAAGAACUGGAUUUGUUGAGCGAGAUUCUGGACAGUCUUAGCGUGGGAGCCAAGAGCGCAGGCAGCCUGAGACCGAGCCAGAGUUUAGACUGCUGUCACAGAGGAGACCUGGACAGCUGCUUCAGCCUGCCCAACAUACCAAGAUGGCAACCAGACGAUAAGAAACUACCAGAGCCGGAGCCCCAGCCCCUGUCCCUGCCAUCCCUGCAAAAUGCCUCGUCUUUGGAUGCCACCAGCUCUUCAAAGGACCCCAGGUCCCAGCUGAUACCCUCAGAGUCCGACCAAGAAGUCACGUCUCCAUCCCAGUCCUCAACAGCUUCUGCAGACCCAAGCAUCUGGGGGGACCCCGAACCCUCUCCUCUCACAGAGCCCCUAAUUCUUCAUCUCACCCCUUCCCACAAGGCACCUGAAGAUUCUAUAGCCCAGGAAAACCCCACUCCCUGGCUCUCCACUGCACCCACUGAGCCCAGCCCUCCAGAAAGCCCCCAAAUUCUGGCCCCCACAAAGCCCAACUUUGAUAUAGCCUGGACGUCCCAGCCCCUUGAUCCUUCCUCAGACCCCAGUUCUCUGAAGGACCCCAGAGCCCAGCCUCCCAAAGCCCUGCUGGCAGAGCACGCUCACCUCCAGCCACGGGAGGAACCAGGAGCCCUGAAUUCCCCUGCUACACCCACCAGCAACUGGCAAAAGCCCCAGCCCAGUAGCCGGCCCAGAGUCGCUGAUCUUAAGAAGUGCUUUGAGGGUUAAGAAUCAGGGGUCCAGGAGAGACCCCAGUCCCUCAAUAAAGCCACAAGAGCCCAAAAAAGCUGGUUUUUUUCCUGGUGAAUUUCUCUGGUGCCCUCACUCUGCUCGGAAAUCCAUCCCACCCACCUCUGUCCCUCCAAGGGCAGCCUCUCUAACUGGCUCCUAGCAGGGAAUUCCAGGAAGCCUCCUGGUCCUCUACAAUCCUGGCAACCUUACAAUUCCUCUCGGCAUUUGUCACUUCCAUCUCAGCUAAUGCACCCACCAGCUCAAACACACCAAUAAAGCUUUUGUUACAUCUCA